GCAGUGGCCUUGAAAAUAAUGUCAAGUCUCGUGUGCAAUACCCACCACCCCUUCUCUCCGAGUGGUUUUAUUACUCUUAAUAUUUCCGUAAUCUCCUGCCCUCUCUUAUCAUUUAUUACCCCGCAAUCAAUACCCGGGUUUCCCUUUCUCUCCUGGCCUUUUGUUUUACUGUUGAAGCUGUUCAAAAUUUCAAACACAACCAGCACAAACUCUGCAUUUCCUACCCUGUAAACCGGGGUGCAAUCCCCGACAAAAGCUUCAAACCUGAAUCUGUGAAAUGGGUUUGAACAGAUUUUCAUGGCUUCUUUUCUUCUCUUUGCCGUUUCUACUACUCUGCCUGGAAAUUCAUUGUUACAGUUCAGAACUUUCUGUAAAUUUCUUAAGCACUCCAUUGACAUUCUCGCGUCAGUCCUCAGCUACAUUUCUAUUCCAAGUUCGGAAGGCUUCUAAAGAAUACACUUGCAGCAAUUGUAGCAUCAAAUGCAAGCUAGAUGGCCAAAUCUCUUCUGAUUGCGAAACCAGGAAGGUUUCUUAUAUGGCCUUGCAUGAUGGUAACCACACAUUUGAGGUUUGCAUCAAUGGAUCUCAAGGAGUCGGCUGUGCUAGCUAUAACUGGACUGUUGAUACAAUCCCGCCUACCGCAUAUGUUACUGCUUCAACAUCUUUUACAAAUGCACUAAAUGUGUCCAUAGAUAUUUCUUUUAGUGAACCCUGCACUGGUGGAGGUGGUUUUGGGUGCUCAUCUGUGAACACCUGCAAUCUGCUUGUUUUUGGUGCUGGGCAAGUUAUACCAUCCACCCUGAGGAUUGUUCAGCCUUACCUCAAAUAUUCUCUUCUUGUGGGGUUAUCAUCCAGGGCACAGUAUGGACGAGUGAUAGUGGUAAUGGAUAAAGAUUUCUGCACAGACAGUACUGGAAACAAGUUUACAAGAAGUUCAAAUUCGAGUUCUGUUGUACACUUUGAUAGAAGAAAUGUAUUUGUGAACUUGAGGACUCAUAUCCCAGAAAAGUUACUUGAACUCAACAGUGAAACUAGAACAGUUGAGGCAACUAAUAACUUUAAGAACUUGAAGAUCUAUUUGUACUUCUCAGUACCCGUACUCAACUCAUCUUCUGAAAUUCUAAGUUCUCUCCACCCAAGUCAGGGAUUGCUUCUUCCUACUAAUGGAAAGAGCCUUGGGAAUCGUCGGUUUGGGUUUCUGGUUAGAAAUAUAUCAUGUGUUGCUGUUGUUACUAUAAGCUUUGACUCGAGCUCUAUAAUCAGCAGACAAGGAACCCCGGUCUCUCAGAUUGCUCCUGUUACUUUUCUUUAUGAUUCUCAACGUCCUUCUGUGAGAUUGAGUACAACAUCUAAAAUGAGGACGAGAGAACGUACUGUACCUGUAGUAAUAAAGUUCAUCAAGCCUGUAUUUGGUUUCAACUCUUCAUCUCUAUUGGUUUCAGGAGGGCAUUUGCAGAGCUUUCUUGAAAUUAGUAGGAGCAUAUACACUGCAGACAUAAAUGCUGAUGAUAAGAUAGUAUCAAUCAAUGUUCCAGAAAACAUAACUGGAGAUGUUGCUGGAAACAAAAAUCUAGCAUCCAAUGUUCUACAAGUGAGGCAUUAUUCUAUCCCUAUUAUAUCAUCUGUCUUUUCCAUCUUUGUAACUGCCACAUUUGCAGUAACAGCUUUGGCUGCGGGACUACUUGCUGUUUCAACUGAGAGUCUUCAAUCAAUGGGAGCAUUUUCCAGACCAUCUUCUUCUUUGAUUUCUGAUCCUGCAAGAAAUCUUUUUAGGAUCACAUGCCACAUUCAGGUAUUUGCUCUGUCUAGAUGGUUAGCAGUUACCAUGCCAAUUGAGUAUUAUGAAUUUGCAAGGGCUUUGCAAUGGAGUAUACCCUAUCUCAGUGUCCCAUGGGAAACUAGAAAUGCUCAGAAAGUUAUGAUAAAUUCAAGCCCCCCUUCCAUGACUCAUCCAGGAAUACCAAAGAAUCAUAAACUAGGAACUUCUGAGAGUAUGAUAUUAGGCAAUGGAAAAUUGGAAACGGCUGUUUCCAUAUUUGGUUUGCCACUCACUCCAAUGGAGUACAGAUCAUUUUUUGAGAGCCAAAAUAUUAUACCUGAAGCCGAGCAUAUCUUGGAUUCACAGAGUUCAAAUGAGUGGCAGGAAUUCAGCAGAAACAUGUUCUGGUUAGGUAUGAUAUGUGGGAGUUUGAUUCUGGUUCAUGCUUUGGUUCUGUUCAUUGUAAGAUUCAGGAGAAAAUUUUCAGAAAAGCAUAGCUGUUAUGGAGCACUUACCAUUCCAAGAUUUGAGAUAUUCCUGAUAAUUCUUUCAUUGCCUUGUAUCUGCCAAGCUUCUGUUCCUCUAAUUAAAGGAGGAGUUACUUCGGGGGUUAUAGUUGGUGUUCUGCUUCUGGGUGUUGUGUCUUUUCUGCUACUAUCUCUACUCUUAUUUCUUUCAGUGGGAAUUACUAUGGGUAAGCUACUUCAAUAUAAGGAGGUUCAUCAAGAAGGCCAGAAAUUCCAUUGGUAUCAAGGUAUUGUGAGAGUGACCUUGGGUCCUGGUAAAAGAGGUCAAUGGUCAUGGAAGAACCAGACAAAUUCUGUUUAUUUAACAAUGUUUGGUCCCUUGUUUGAGGAUCUAAGAGGCCCUCCAAAAUACAUGCUUUCACAGAUUUCUGGGGGAAACCCCAGAAAGCAGGCAGACAGCAUCAUUGCCUCUGAUGAUGAGACAGAAGAUGCAGAGGCACCUUUCAUCCAGAAGCUCUUUGGCAUUCUAAGGAUUUACUACACAUUACUUGAAUCUGUAAGACGGGUCACUCUUGGAAUUGUUGCUGGUGCUUACUCUAUCAAUGUGUCGUCUAAGACUCCAGCAUUGAUACUAUUAUGCAUCACCUCUUUUCAGCUCUUUUUCCUUGUUCUGAAAAAACCUUUUAUAAAGAAAAGGGUUCAGCUAGUAGAGAUUCUUGCAGUUGCCAGUGAAGUUGGUAUCUUCUCUAUUUGUCUUGUUCUCUUAGAGAAGGAAUUUUCAUACAGGGAUGAGAGUAGAGUUGGAAUUUUCAUGCUUUUGCUAUUCCUGGUUGGAUUUAUUGCACAGUUGAUGAAUGAAUGGUAUGCAUUGUAUAGACAGACACUGCAACUGGACCCUGCCAUGAACUCUUUCAUAUCAGGCCUGAAAACAGCUUCUGUUGGAUUGCUGUUGAUUUUGAUCCCAUCAAAUCAGAUAAAGAACCUCGACAAUGGGUUCCCAUUGAACCAAUCUGGGGAUGGAGAGAUGGGCGAUACUGUCUCAUCUGCUGACCGGCAUAGGAGUUCUGGUAGCAGGAGCUCAGGUACCACAGAUAGACCAUGGCUGAAACAACUAAGAGAACUGGCAAAAGCAAGCUUUAGUAGGGAAGACAGUGGAGCUCCAAAAGAUCCUUCAAGCAGUAAGAGUGGGUUUUGGGCUGGAAAUAGGAGUGGGAGCUCAUCAGUAACUUCAUCAGCAGAUUUCAAGUCGAGACCAAGAGGAUUAUAUAGAGAUUUAGAAGCCAUUUUUUCGUCCAAGUGAAUUUUAAACAGUUACAUGGAACAGUAGAGGACCCAAGUGUAUGAAGAGGUAUUUGUACAGGCUUUCAUCAGAUGAACCAUAACUGAUAUGCUUCUAUUAAGUCAAGAUGGUUUUUGGGUUCGAUGGUUGAUGGGAGAGUAUAGUUCUUAGCUUUUGUUUAUAUUCAAACUUUUUUCUUUUUUUUUUUCUCUUUUGUAUGCAUAUGAAAUUCUUAGAAAUAAAAGAUGGCUAAAUGAAGCUGUUAUGUAGAUCUGUGACUUUAUAAGUUGUAGAGGAUUGGAGGUCCAAUGUACCUAAAACCAACCAUUUGAUGUAAAGCUUUAAGGUUAUUGACA